AUGGCAAAAGUGCACAUAACCAAUGUUGUUGUACUCGACAAUCCUAGUCCGUUUCUAAACCCUUUCCAAUUCGAAUUAACCUUCGAAUGCAUCGAAGAACUAAAAGAAGACUUAGAAUGGAAGAUGAUAUACGUUGGAUCAGCGGAAACAGAGGAGCACGACCAGGUGUUAGACACGAUAUACGUUGGCCCAAUACCUGAAGGCAGGCACAUGUUUGUUUUCCAAGCGCCACCACCUGAUGUGACACGGAUACCUGAAAACGACGCUCUAGGCGUCACAGUGGUACUCCUAACAUGUUCCUACAGAGGCCAAGAGUUCGUGAGAGUAGGUUAUUUCAUUAACAAUGAAUACUCUGAAUCAGAGCCUGAAUUACGUGAGAAUCCGCCACCGAAGCCCCGUUUUGACAAAGUAGUUAGAAAUAUCCUUGCUUCGGAGCCCCGUGUGACUAGAUUUAAGAUCAAUUGGGCUGAACCUGACGCCGCGGCGGCUACGGACUCUGGAGACGGUAAUUUGGAGACGUCUCACGCCCCUAGCAAUGACUCUUAUGGUGCAUCGUUCAAUGCUGACAGUCAGAUCAGUGGGAUUGAGUUCCAAGGGAGUUUGAGUGGAUAUGGUGACAAUUCUAACUCGAUAGCGCCAAUGGAGUGCUGA